AUGAAUACCUCCAUUUUGCUCACGGUGAUGGCUUUGACUGGUUUUGCAGCGUCUGAAACGUACACAGAUCAAUAUGACGAUAUAAAUGUGGGCGAAAUAUUAGAAAAUAAAAAAUUGUUGGUGCCGUACAUUAAAUGUGUGCUCGACCAGGGCAGAUGUGUUCCUGAAGGAAAGGAACUCAAAGCUCACAUAAAGGAUGCCCUGCAAAACGGUUGUGCAAAGUGUACUGACAAACAACGAAAAAUGGCCAGAAAGGUGGUCAAACACCUAAAGGAAAAAGAACAAGACUACUAUAAACAGAUGGUCUCCAAAUACGACCCAGAAGAUAAAUACAAAUCAACUUAUGAAGCAUUUCUUGCUGCUGAUAACUAA